UAUGAAAAAAAUUUUUCUUAUUUAUUUUUGUAUAUAUUAUUUAUUUUUUGACAAAAAGAUAAAACAAAAAAAGUGGAUUCUGCAUCGUAUUUGAGGUUUAAAUACUUUUUCCCAAUUUGUUUAAUUGUAAAUCUUUGUAUCUUUUCUGAUAUAAAAUACUGAAAAAUGAUAUAAUGUUUAAACUACACAAAGAAUAAUAUAUUUUUGUAGUUCAAAUAAAUAAAAUUGAUCGAUUUUCUCAACACGUCUUACAUAAUCAUCAAAAUUUUAUCGUUAUCAGCUAUAAAAAUAACUAAAAACUUUCAUCGCUGGAAUUAUCAUAUUGCAUAUUAUUCAUUAAAAAUCAAAAAUAAUGGGGAACUUUGAAAUUCUUUGUGGAUUCGGUAUCUUCAGUUUCUUGCUUUAUUGCUAUCUUACCGCGACUUUCAAUUUUUGGAAGAAACGCGGUAUACCCGGUCCUAAACCUGUAUUAUUAAUGUUCAAUGUGAUGAAGGACUUUAUAUUCAAAAACUUGUUUGUGGGAAAGUUUUUAAAGGAUAUAUACGACGCAUAUGAGAAUACGCCGUUUAUAGGAUUUUUCUAUUUGCAAGAACCAAUCUUAAUGAUAAAAGAUCCAAAAUUUAUAAAAGAUGUUCUUAUCAAAGAUUCUUCGAUAUUCUACAAUCGAGAUUUAAAUUCUUGCCCAAAAGCGGAGUCAUCACAUCAUUUUCUGUUUUACGCAUCUGGAUUAAAGGCGCAACUCUUGAAGACGAAACUAUCCUUGGCUUUUACACCAAACAAAUACAAGAUUAUGUUUUGCUCGAUACUAGAAUCUUUAGAACGUUUUGACGAUUAUCUCGAAGAAUUGUUAUCGAAAGACGAUUGCGUAAAUUGCAACAACCUGAUAAAUAAAUUAACUGCUGACAUGUUUGGCAGGGGCUUCAUAGGGAUUGAUUUGAAUACUUUAACAAAGGAAACUAACAAAGGAAAUACAUUUUUAAAAUAUACUAAAGACGCAAUGCGCACAAGUUGGAAAAGUCUAAUUAAGACUUUAUUAACAAACACAGUACCACAAGUGUACAAUUUAUUUGGUUACUACAUGUUCGAUAAUGCUAAGAUGACAGAGUUUUUCACCGAUUUAGCAAUCAAUAUUAUGGAGCAACGAAAAAAACAUGCAACUUCCAAACAUGAUGUUGUACGCUUGCUCAUGGAAAUAAAGGAAAAUCCUGGAAAGUUGGCUGAAAUAACGGAUAUAACGGAUGAGUUUCUAGCCGCACAAUUGAUUGGACUUUUUGUUGCCGGUUACGAGACAUCUAGUACAACAAUACUGAAUACGCUGUAUGAAUUAGCUUUAAAUCAAAAUAUUCAAGAUAAACUCCGAGAAGAGAUACAAAACAAUUAUAAUAAAAAUCAAAAACCAGAAUGUGAGGAUAUAAACAACCUGUCCUAUUUAGAUGCAGUUUUUAAAGAAACAUUACGAAAAUAUCCAGUGAUAAAUAUAGGAAGAAAAUCAUUAUCAAGUUACACUUUUAAAGACACUAAACUAACCAUACCAAAAGAUCAAAAUAUUAUUAUACCAGUCUAUGCAAUUCAUCAUGAUCCAAAAAUAUAUCCGAAUCCAGAAGUGUAUGAUCCAGAGAGAUUCACAAAGGAAGCUAUACAAUCCAGAGAUCCAAUGCAUUAUAUAUCUUUUGGAUAUGGAUCAAGAUAUUGUAUUGGUGAGCGAAUAGGUAUUCUUCAAACCAAAUUAGCACUCAUCAGUAUUUUGCAAAAAUAUAAAAUAGAUGUUUGCCAGAAGACAAUAACAUCAUAUAUAUUUCCAACUUCUCCUUUUAUAUCAAUUUCAAUCAAUCCAAUAAUCCUUAAAAUAACAAAAAUCUAUUAACUUUGAUAUAUUUGCAUAUCAUAAAAUAUAAAAUUUGUUGUUAAGUUUAAAAUUUACACAAAAUAAUUAAAAGAAUAAAUAUA